AUGUCCGAAGCUAUAGUAAAUGUAACUGAAUCUUAUAAUACAUAUUCUCAACCUCAAUUAGCUGCAAUUGAUUUAUCAAUUUCAUUUAUUCAUCAAGCAAUUGAUGCAUUAGAUAUUAAUAAUUCAUUAUUAAAUAAUUUAUUAAUUAUAGCUGAUUUUGCUGUAGCUAGUGGUCAUUCAUUUUAUGAACAAUGUUUACCUAAUAAUUCUCUUUCAAUUGGUUAUUCAUCAACAUCAAUACAUUGGUUAUCAAAAAAAAACUAUGCAACAUUUCAAAUCAUUGUAUUAUAUGAAUUUUUUCUUAAAAAUCGAUCAUAUGAAUUAAUACCAGAUGGUAUUCUUAUUCUUGUUAUACCUUGUCUUAAUGAACAAGGACAAUCAGAAGAAUUAUAUAAUUAUACAAUUCCAUCAUAUAUUCGUUCAUAUAAUGAAUGUGUUGAUGAAAAACUUUUUAAUCAAUAUUCAUUACAAUUAAUAAAAGUUGAACUUCAUAAUAGUACAAUAAAUUUCUAUGAACAAUUACAAAUUAAACAAAUAACACUUGAAGAAUUUGCAUAA